AUGAAACACACUCUUGCUAAUGGCCAAUCGCAAGUCGGCGAAAAGGUGCCAGAACUGCUCCAGUCAGCGUCCACUGGUCGCCCACACGGACAGGGCAAUGAUCGGCUCGACCCACCCUCCCCGACCCCUUCGUGCCUCAGCUCCGCCUCGCUUUGGCUCCUCUUUCUGGUUGCCUUUUUGCAGGGAGGGCAGGACGCCAUGGCCACUGUGAAGGGCAAUUGGUAG